AAUAAUUAGUAAGAGAUUUACAACAAACUAUAACAAUAAAUACAUAGUUUUUUUAUAUUCUUACUUAGGGUUUCUUCCAAGUGUGCUAUUGCGGUGCUUCUCACAAUUAAUACCAACAUUUUACAUCGCCUUCAUCAGAUCUGUAUCUCAAUCAAUGAGAAAAGACAAGCCAGUUGUUGCAAGUUCAAGUAAAAUCAGAUUUGAUGAGGAGGAGGAGAUAAAGGAGGAGCUUGCUGAUGUGACCUUUGAGGAAUUGCAGAGAGCGCGGUCUGAUGGGUCGGAUACAGUGUAUAGGAAACUUAAUUCGGAAGGAAAAAGUGGCCGAGCAAACAAGAACAGGCCAAUGGAGAUGAGUAGCAAGAAGCCAGUGAGCAGAUUUAGGGAAAUUAUCCAAGUUCCUAAAAACGCCAUUCGUGACCCUCGCUUUGAGUCUUUAAGUGGCGAGGUCGAUGUAGAACGGUUCAAAAAGAGAUACAAUUUCCUUUACGAGGAUAAUCUUCCAGCAGAAAAAGAGGAUCUGAAGAAACAGAUGAGGAAAUCAAAUGACCCAGAAGAGAUAAAUGAACUGAAAAGUCGUGUUUCUUGGAUUGACAAACAAUUGAAAUCGGUAGGAAUGAAGCACACUGAGAGAGAGAUUCUGGCAGAGCACAAGAAGAAAGAGAGGGAAGCUGCUAAGCAAGGAAAACAACCUUAUUAUCUCAAAAAAUCUGAAAUUCAGAAGCGCAAACAUAUUGAGAAAUACAAGGAACUCAAAGCAUCUGGCAAACUGGAAGCAUAUAUUGAGAAGAAAAGGCGCAAGAAUGCUGCAAAAGACCACAGAUUCUUGCCAUAUCGGCAUCCUGGUGAGCAAGAAAACUAGUGAAACAACAUGUUUGUUUGCUGUAGCAAAUUUGUUUGCUUGGUUUUCUCCUCACAAAUAUGUAGAGAGCUUGCUUUUUAGGCAUGACCAUGGGCCUUUUCUUUUGUUACUUCAAUUCUUAUCAUCAUUCAGCUGAUUCCUAUAGACUUAUUAGUGGCUAUACUUGCUGUAUCCUGAGCCUCGACAGAGAUGGUUAAAUUAUAAUAUUCACUUACAAGAAUACAAUCGAGCAGCCCAUCCUUCAAUUGA